GUUGAUGUUGCAUAUGAACAACCCACCCAUUGAAUGAGUUACCAGUCUUCAUUGAGGAGCCAAAAUGGUUAAAGCCCACAUUCAAGGAAUAUUCAAUUGCACACAAGGCCAGGACUUUGUUGGGUUUUUUCAAAAGACCGGCAUACAGCAAGAUCAACUCGUCGAAAUCGAAAAACUUAAAGGAUCCCAUUUCCAUCUAAGAAUUGAGCUGGAUGAGAAAACCUUCUAUCAAUAUGAAUCUUGUGAGGAACUGGCAUCGUUUAAAUCUUGGAUUACUGCAGAACUCGAGUCUGAAAUGGAAGUAAAUCUUCCGGUGUUCGGUGGAGAUUGUAAAGUAAGUUUUGGAGAAUUCGUAAGACCUCAUUAUUUUUUUAAUGUGCUCUACGUUAACCAGGUACUAUUCAAAGCAAUCGGCAACCAUACUAUUCAUGGAUUGAUCAAGACAAAGGACAUGGAUGAGUUCGAAAUUUGGAACAUGUUUCAUGAAAAUGAACUGAUUCAGAAAAUAAGCCACAAGCGCAGUGGAUUAACACAUACCAACUUAUGGAAGAGACAGAUUCAGACCAACUUGUGGUUCCAGUUCAGUCGAGCCGAGAAUCUGAAUGAAUUCUACCAAGGGUUAUCCGUGCCAACCAAAGUGUUAGAGGAUGUCAAUAAAGAGAUGCUCCAUUUCGAUGUAACCCCAAUGGAACUGAAAAUGCUUCAGAAGCGUGGAACAAAAAACUAUGUCUACAAAUUCCAAUUUGGAAAAGAGACCGCUUACAAUUGGGGAGAACUGAAAAGGAAGGCUGCCAUCACUCAAAUUGGACCACAAAAGUUUCUCAAGGUGUUUAAAGGCUCUAAUGACGAGCAUGAAGAGUGGACUUUAAUUUUCACCAAUUGGGGAUUGACCAUGGAUGGAUUGGAUUUAAAGUCUGGCCACCAAUGUCAGAUUGUCUAUGAGCAUGCCUCUAACGUGUUUGGGCCAAGCAAGAUGAUCGCCAAUGCAGGUUUGGAGGAUUUUGGAUUGGCCUUGUCCAUGCCGAAAGAUGUGAUUGAAGCUCUGAAAACCGACUUUGAUGCCAUAUGGACUUUGACCGAGGAACAAAAUGGAUUGAUUAACUAUAAAGUUGACAGCAAAGUGAUGCCCAAAAAUAUCAACUAUGAAUUCGGUCAAGAAUUUGAAGACGAAAUGCCUGGAUUGGAGAUCCACUUCAAGGUUGUGGAGAUGCUUCAGAAUAACACUCUGACCACCACUUUCAAGAGCUCGUAUGUUUGUCUCAACAUUGAGAGUGUUUUCAAGGUCAAUUUUGUAAUCAUCACAACCAGAGUGGUUGGAACCAAAAUUGUGGACAAAACAUUUUUAGAACGACUUUAAGAGCAGCUAACUGAAUUCUCAUGUCUCAAAGUUCUUGUGUUGUUUGUUCGAAAAUGAUCAUGUUAUAUAGAAUGGUUAGUGUUGAUUUCAUGUUGAAUAUCAAGAAUGUUUGUAAAUCGUAAGAAUAAAGGUCACGUUAUGUUUAGUA